AUGCCUGCGGUAGCACCAAAGACUACGUAUACCGAGUUAUCGUCGUCGGACGGCUCGCUGCGUUCGCGCGAAGAGGUGUCACCGAAUGCGUCGGGCCUACGUCCGCCAUAUUUGUCAUCGGCGAGUGGAGGCCCGUCAGCGGGUGAACUCAACAUCUCCUCUCCAGACGUUGUCGUUUCUGCCGGUCACAGCAAGCGAACGUCCAAGCACCAACGGUCCACAGGAGAUCGAGACAUGCUCUACGUCCCUACAUGCCGCGACACGCUCCGAAAACACGUCAACAGUUGGAUUGGCGUGUACCUGGAAGUUCUCAACACGGCGUUAAGUGUCGUGUGCUGCGCAUUCUACCUCAUCGAGUUGUACUGCCCGACCCUGUACGCGGACUUGCAUUUUCGGCUCAUUGAAGUCGGCGCGACAGUCUUUUUCGCUCUACAUUACGUGCUUCAUCUCUUCUCCGAGGAUGACGUGGGUGCGUUUGUCCUGUCAUUCAACGGGAUCAUUGACUUGACGAUUGCACCGUCGCUCAUCAUGUACUUUAUCGACGACCCGUCGUCGCGAGCGCUCACGUUGUUCCGCGUCUUUCGCGUCUUUCGAGCACUUCGCGUGCUCCGCCUGCACAACCUCAUUCGAAGUCGCAAGCACGGGUACAACUACGAGUGGGGCGUGUUUGUCUUUUCGCUGUCGGCCAUUAUCUUUGUCGCGGCGGGAAUUUUCCAUGCGUUGGAGGACUACCCAGAACGCGACCGCCAGCUGCAGUUUCACAACUCGCUCUACUACAUUCUCGUGACACUGUCGACAAUUGGCUACGGGGACAUAGUGCCGACUCGAACACUGACUGAAUUCUUCGUGAUGGGGCUCAUCAUUGUCGUCGUCACGACUGUGCCAGCGCAGAUCUCACGGCUCCAUGACUUGCACGUGUCCAUGAAGGCUUACGAUGGUGCGUAUACAAGCCGUCCAGGUCGCGGCCACGUGAUUGUGUGCGGCCACGUCGUUCACGACAGCUUUGCCGACUUUUUGGCCGAGUUUUACCAUCCAUCGCGCGGCGUGAUCAACUUUGAUGUGGUCGUGUUGUCGCCGGACCCGCCGUCGUCAGCCAUGACCCGCAUGCUGUCAAACGUAGUUUAUGCCAACAAGACGACGUUUCUCAAAGGGUCCCUCGUCCAUGAUGUCGACCGCAAGCGCACCAUGCUCGAGUGUGCCGAAGCCGUGUUUGUGCUCGCUGACAAGGAUGCCCGUGCGACGGAAGCCCAGGACGCCUCGACGCUUUUGCAGGCCCUAAGCAUCCGAAAUUAUGCCGACAGCACCGGGUGCAACAUUCGCAUGUACUUGCAAAUGCUGUCGGAUGUCCACCACGAGCUAUCCCACAUCAUAGGAGCCAACCAGAUAAUCCACGCAAAUCAAGUCAAGGCUGACUUGGUCUGCCGCGGCGUCGUCUGCCCUGGCAGCUGCACGCUCAUUCUGAACCUCAUGCAGUCGGUGGACCAAGUCAAGAUGAAAAAACACGUUGCGCACCCCACGCCAUGGAUGCACGAGUAUAUUGGUGGAAUGAGCCAGCAAGUGUUUGCGGUGCUCUUUUCGGCCGGGUUUGACGGUCAUCUGUAUGACGACGUGGCGCGGCGAUUCUUUACUGGAUUUGACGUGGUGCUGUUUGCUGUCUACCGCCGUGAAAAGGACGAAGACACUCCACGCGUCACGCUGAGUCCGUUCGGAAAGACCAUGCGCCCUGGGGACAUUGGGUUCAUCUUGUCCACGUCAGCCUCCGUCGUGCACGCAAUCCAGUCGGAGUAUUCCGCAGUCGUCGAGGGAGAAAUGUCAGCACCCAGUCCGCGCCAUUCGUCGCAACGAUCGAUUCCAGUCGUAUCCAAAUCCAACCUCCUCCAACGCAAAUUCGUUCGCAAGGUUACAUUGGCCCCAACGAUCCAUCCAUCCUCCACGCCACCGGCUACGGGCACGAUGGACUCGGAUCCGAAAACAGUCCUGGAAGCUCAACUCUCCGACGCCACAAGGAAGGACAUGAUGGACAUGCAAGACCACGUUGUCGUGUGCGGUGCCACAAGACACAUCCUACCGCUCGUUGACGUCCUUCGCGCCAUGUACGCGUCGACGACGCAUCUCGCUGAGCCUGCGUCGCCGCCGCCGCUCGUCCUGCUCGUGAAUCACAUCCCAACAGCCAACGACUUUGGCCAUGACUAUGUGCUACCGCCAGAUGUGUACUUUGUCCGCGGCGUGUCGACGCAAUGCCCGGACCUCUCACGUGUGUCCAUCCAACGCGCGAAGGCCGUGCUCUUGUUUCCACUUGAACGGUCCCAUCAACCCGCGACCAUCGACGACGCGUACCUACUCGAUUACGGCGUUGUUACGUCGCUCUUGUGUUUGGAAACAACGUGUGAUAACGCCAAGGCCCAACAAACCUCGAAUGGUCGAAGCGCGGCGACGGUCGCACGGGACGAAGUCGCGUUCUAUGCCAACAGGAACGUGCCGUUGCAGGACGUUCAGAACCGCAUGCUCGAGCACUUUCCGACACUCAACCCCGACGUGUUUCGUGCACCAUCCAUCGAAAACAUGAGCCGACGGCUCUCGGCAUGCCCUGGCGAAGCAUCGACGUCGUCGUCGGUGGCCGUCGCGUCGACGUUUUUCAGCGAUCUAAAGUCCAUGGCGGUGCUCCAGCGCGGGUCCAAUAUCAAAUUCUGUCGCCCGCGCGACGUCCUCUUCAGCUGCGAUUCGCUCCCGUAUUUGUCUCCAGCGUUUGCCGCCGGCCGGGUCUUUGUCGAUAGCCGACUCGACCUUGUCCUGUGCCAGGCCUUCUACAACCCUUACAUCACAGAGCUUCUACAUCUACUCACGGGCAACCCAUUGAAUCCGGAUGCCCUUGCACAUGGCCCGAUUCUGACCCAAAUCGACAUCCCGGUCGAGUUUGUCAGCGGUCGGUACGGUGACCUCGUCCUGGCAAUGAUGCGACUGGGCAAAAUCGCGCUCGGGCUGUAUCGAUACCCGAACAUUCGGUUGGGAAAUACUGUGCCGUACGUGUUGACGGCGCCCCCAAGCGACACGGUUGUGUUUCACCAUGACAGGUUGUUCGUCAUCGAAAAUCAUCAUCACUCGGGGUAG